AGCGCGCAUUCGCGCUACCAGAGAGCGCAUAGAGGGUUUGGAGGAGAGGCAGGAAGCGCUGCGGGUGGAGCAGCAAGUGCUCUUUAUUCGUCUAGCAUCUCGCUAGAAUAGAAGAGUCCGUAGACUCUUUUUAGUUUUCUAAGGUUGGUUUAAAUUCAAUAAGUGUCUGGAGACAUUUGUUUUCAUGUCAGGUGUUCUUUGUCUUAGUUUGAUUCCGAUCUACUCCUAUGCUAAGUUUUGCGAUCGGUAUCGCACAAGGGUUGGAGUAUCUACACCAGGGUUGCAACACCUGCAUCAUCCAUUUCGAUAUCAAGCCGAACAACAUCCUUCUAGAUGAUGAGUUAUGUCCCAAAAUUGCAGACUUUGGUAUGGCAAAGCUAUGCCACCUCAAGGAGAGCGUCCUUUCAAUGGCCGAAGCAAGAGGGACGGUUGGUUUCAUCACACCAGAAGUGUUCUCUAGAGGCUUUGGACUCGUCUCGACAAAGUCUGAUGUUUACAGCUACGGGAUGAUGCUCCUAGAAAUGGUCCAAGGGAACAAUGAUCAGAAAGGAAAGGCAGACAGCUCUAGUGAAACAUUUUUUCCACAUUGGGUUUGGGAUAAUUUGGCGAGGGAGUUGCAUGGAUCCGAAGCCAAAUAUGGAACUGAAGAAAUCGUAAGAAGGAUGACCUUGGUUGGAUUGUGGUGCAUACAGAUGAACCCUGAAAGCCGCCCAUCCAUGAGCAGGGUUAUAGAGAUGUUGGAGAGGAGCAUGGGUGAACUGGAGAUGCCGCCACGGCCGUUCCUCUUCUCUCCGGUGCACUCGACAACAGCUUCAUCCUAUGCAUCUGCCCAAGUUAUGAUGUCUUCACCAUGAUGUGCAUUAGGCUCUGGUGGACGCUGAAACAAUAUUUGUCAAAACCAUUAGCAGCAGUGUA